UUUCAAUAAUUUCCUCAUUUACCACUUUCAAAUGAGCUUUUAAAAGGAAGGGGAACAACCUCUCUCUUCUGCUCGCCCCCUACCUCACUCUCCUAAAAUCUCUCUAGGAAAGAACCAAAAGAAACGAAAAGCCAACAAAAGGGAGAGAGAUAUAUAGGGGGUUGAAAUAAAAACAUAAAAUGGAAGACAAGAAGCAAAAUGCAUCUGCAUUAACACAUUCCUUAAGAAGACCAGUAUCUCAUGUCCAUUGUCUUCUCAUAGUUUUUUCUAUUCUCUACUCAGUCAGCGCCUCAAAAUUCGACUACCAAGAGGCGCUGUCGAAGAGUCUUCUUUACUUCGAGGCGCAACGCUCCGGUCGGCUCCCCUACAACCAACGCGUCUCUUGGCGUGAUCAUUCCGGCCUAACCGACGGUCUUGAACAAGGGGUAGAUUUAGUGGGAGGAUACUAUGACGCGGGAGACCACGUGAAAUUUGGACUACCCAUGGCAUUUACAGUUACAAUGUUGUCAUGGGGAGUUAUUGAAUACGGGCAAGCUAUUCAAGAUGUGGGUCAAUUGGAGCAUGCUUUGGAAUCUAUCAAAUGGGCUACUGAUUAUUUCAUCAAGGCGCAUACUAGUCCUAAUGUUCUUUGGGUUGAGGUGGGUGAUGGAGACACGGACCACUACUGCUGGCAGCGGCCGGAGGACAUGACAACAUCUCGGCAGGCGUACAAGAUUGAUGAGGCGCAUCCAGGGUCGGAUGUCGCCGGUGAGACUGCUGCUGCCAUGGCUGCUGCUUCCAUUGUUUACAGGAAAUUUAACCCACAUUAUUCCCAUUUGCUCUUGCAUCAUGCUCAAGAGUUAUUUGAGUUUGGGGACAAGUACAGAGGAAAAUAUGAUGAAAGCUUAGAUGUGGUAAAGAGUUACUAUGCGUCAGUGAGUGGGUACACCGAUGAGUUGUUGUGGGCAGCUUUGUGGCUCUACAAGGCCACCGACAAUGAGGAGUACUUGCGUUACGUUCUUCAAAAUGCUAAUUCUUUUGGUGGGAUCGGUUGGUCUAUUACUGAGUUCAGCUGGGAAGUUAAAUUUGCUGGCCUCCAAAUCUUUGCUUCUAUGCUUCUAGCUAACGAAAAGCACGAGCAACACAGGGCAAUGCUCGAAGAAUAUCACUCAAAAGCAAAAUACUAUCUCUGCUCGUGUCUCAACAAGAACAAGAAUGGAAGCAACGUAGAACGUACACCGGGAGGCCUCUUAUACGUAAGGCAAUGGAACAACAUGCAGUACGUCUCAUCCGCAACCUUCUUACUUACCAUAUACUCCGAUUUUAUCCGAAGCACGAACCAAGUUCUUCAGUGCCCUGAAGGCCCCGUGAAUCAUGAAGAUAUGUUUAAUUUUGCCAAGUCUCAAGUUGACUAUAUCUUAGGCUCAAAUCCUAUGAACAUAAGCUACUUAGUAGGGUAUGGAUCUAAUUACCCUAAAAGGGUGCAUCAUAGAGGAGCUUCAAUUGUAUCAUAUAGAGAAAACAAAGGCUUCAUAGGUUGCACCCAAGGGUAUGAUAAUUGGUAUGGUAGGAUUGAAGAAAAUCCGAAUGUGCUUAUUGGCGCGCUUGUUGGAGGGCCAGAUUUCCAAGAUAAUUUUACUGAUCAUAGAGGGAAUUACAUCCAAACUGAAGCAUGCACUUACAAUACAGCACCUUUGAUAGGAGUUUUUGCAAAGUUGAAUAGACUAGAGGGCCUUGAAGUUAGUCCUCUAGAGGAGUAUCUAUCUUCAGUUGCUUCCUUUUAAGUAGCAACAUUGUAUGUGCGUGCACUGUGUUGAGUCAAGGAUUUAUGCAGGUUUUUCCAAAUGUAAAGGCAUAUAUAUAUAUAUAUAUAUAUAUAUAUACAUAUAGGGGUUUUCUCCACCCCAAAUAGUAUACAGAUUGUAACUCAAAAUUUCGAUUUUGCUUAUCAAUUAUUUCCCUCUA